AUGAGAAAAUUUGCAAUAAAUGCAAAUAGACGGAAGGUUUUCAAAGGUAUAUUUAUAGAGACGAUCACUAUUUUAGGUUGGACCGUUGGUUCAGCUUUACAUUCAAUUUUUACAAAAAAGUCAUUUAAUAAAUUAUCAAAUGACGAACCAAUCAGCUCAAGGAUAAUUUUUGGGUCGUUUUUAACUAUUAUACAAUUGUUAUUGGCAGCAGUUACCGGAAUUUUCAUUUGUGGAAUAAUUCAUUUUAUUCAUAGAAGAAGUGAAAAAAAACAAGAUUCUGCAGAACUAGUAGACAAUGUAAUGGCUAUUGAUGGAAAUGACCCAAAUAUCGAAGGUAGUAUUACAGAAAGCACAUGCGAAAAUAGAUUUGAACAAACCGACUUUACACAAGUUUCUAAAUCUAGCAGCUAUGUAAUUGACGAUAGCAUUGAAGUUAACAAAGAAAAAACGGAACUUAACAUGAAUCUCAAUAUGGAUGAAAACGUAAACAUUAAUUAUUUAAUCUUAAAUAAGGAAUAUCAUCUAAAUACAUUUAACAGAAAAAUGGAUUUUUCUGCAACAUCAUUUGAAAUCGAAUCGAAUGAUGAAAAAGAACCCAAAAAAAAUAAAUUAACCUCUAAAAGUUUAAAUAAGCAACAAAACACACAAAAUAAACAAAUUCAAAAAGAAAGGUGGUGGGGGAGUAACAAAAUGCUGUUUUCAGCAGCGUUAUAUGCAAUUGCAAAUAUUUGCGCGAAUACAGCACUAGGAGGAGGAAAAGUAAUGCUAGUUCAAAUAAUAAAAUGUAGCGAAUUAAUAUUAACCGCAAUAUUGGCAUUCUUUGUCCUGAAACGGAAGCUAACAAUUAGAGAAGUGGUCGCAUUUUCAAUUAGUACAACUGGUAUUAUACUUGUCGUUACUUCAACUUUGAGUAAUGGGAACUCAGGAUCAAAAGUAAUAAUAUAUAGUGUUAUACUUGCAGGUGUUGGGGCUUUCACAAUAUCUCUUAGAAAUGUUAUUGUUUCCUCAGCAAAUAAAAAUGAGAAAGCAGUCGAUACUUUUACUAUUCUAUCAUUUUGGGGAAUGGUCACCUCUUUGACAAUAUUCUCCAUAAUGAGCAUUGCAUUUGGAGGAUUCAACAUCAAUGUUCCUGUGAUGCCAUUACUUAUUAGUGGAUGCUUUCACGCUACCUAUAAUUUUUCUUCCUUGGCAUUUUUAAAAUUGGUUGGAAGUCCCAUUGUACACGCCUAUUUUAAUUUGGCAAAAAGAGCAAUUAUCGUACUAACUGCGGAACUAAUUAACUGUACAACUCCUCCUUUUGUACAAAUAUUAGGUAGUAUUUUUGCAAUUUUAGGUAUUCACUUUUCAAAAAAAAGAAAAUUACUAUUUAAAAGAAAGAAGAAAGUGGCAGAUUAUGUAGAUGAAAUUCAUAAUAAAAACAUUAAUUGUAAUGCAAAAGUAGAAAAAGUUAUAGAAGAACAGCCUAAUGUUGUAACAGAGCUCAAAAAUAAAGAUAAAUAUCCAUAUGCUGCAUCAAUUGCACUUUCUAGUCUAUUCAUUAUUAUUGGAUGGAUUACAUCCUAUACUUGUUCAUGUGUAUUGCCAAAAAAAAACUUAACGCCCAUGGACGAAAUAAAAUACAUGAACUCAAGUUUUAUUGGCUUAGAAAAGAACAAUCAAAUAUCGAAAAAUGAAAUAAAAAAAGUGUUUGAAAUUGAUAAUUGGUUUAAUCAUUAUCCAGAAUUACUAAUAAACUUAUCAGAAAAAAAACCCAAACUACUGUCUGAAUCUAUGAAAAAAUAUAAAAAUAUUUCGGAAAAUUUUUUUGUACAGAGUGAAAUAGUGACUUCAAUAUUAAGACACACUAUCAAGAAUGUAAAAAAUGGAAUGGUGUUUGGUCUUGCAGACCACGAAAAUAAAGGUGAUGCUGGAAUCAACUGGAGCCAAUAUUUGAUAUUUAAGCGUUUUGAUAUUAAAAUAAUAUACUAUUGCACUUCAAACAAUUCUCACAAAUAUUGUGAUUUUAAUAAAGCAUUAAAGAUUGCAAAUAGCCUUCCUCAUAAACCGACGAUAUUUCUAACUGGUGGAGGAAAUUUAGGAGAUGUAUGGCCAAAGUAUGAAAACGAAAGAAAAAAAAUUCUUGAAGAAUUUCGUGAAUUCAAUACAAUCAUUUUCCCACAGUCAAUAUCAUUGAAAAAUAGGGACACCAUAGUAGACUUCGAGUAUUUGAAAUUGCAUAAGAAUUUGACAAUUUUUGUUAGAGACAUUUACUCAUAUGAUUAUUUACAUAAUAUUUUAUUUACAAAUGAAAACGUAACAAAUACAAAGUUGUUUUUGACACCUGACAUAGUUACGUCUUUAAUAACCACAAAAGAAGAAGAGGCAAAAGUUCAAAAUUAUUUGAUUAGUGAAGCCUAUGAUAUACUUUGGAUCAGUAGGAAUGAUAGAGAGAUAAAUAAAAGACAACGCAAUAAUAAUUAUAACAACUUAAAUAUAAAAAUCGAUGAUUGGAUCAAUUUUUUGCCUACUAUUUAUUCAAAAGGCAUUUCAUAUGGAGAGAAAAGUAUUUUAAAAAGAAAAGGAAUAUGUUCAUCAUCCCAGUCUGUCACACAAAUCACUUCAGAUUCCACCAAUGAAAGUCAAGAGCCCAAUUUUGAUGUGUUUUCUAUUGGGAUUUCACUGCAGAGGUUUUGCGCUGGGCUUAAGUUUAUUCUACAAGGAAGAGUGAUUAUUACUAAUAGACUACAUGGGCAUAUAUUUUCUUCACUUCUUAACAAAAAUCAAAUAUUACUAGACACAAAGUAUAAAAAAAUAUUAAACUACUAUAAAACAUGGAGCUAUUCGAUAGACGAAAAUUAUAUUAAGUUUGCAAAGUCAGAUAAAGAUGCAUUUGAGUCGGCUGAAAAAAUGUCAGGAAAAUUAAGAAGUGACAAUUGCACCGAAUUAUUCCUAAAAUAUUGCAGUAAGUUAUAUUUAUAA